AGAGGAGCUGACAGGAGCAGAUCCAACAGGAGCGGAGAAGGCUGGAACUGACAGGAGCUGACAGGAGCACAGCCCGAUCCUCCACGGAACGCCCGGAAUUCUGUGCAUUCAUGUCUGAAGACUGUGGAGUUUCUCCUGAACGGAAGCUGAGCCGGAGGAGCCGGGUCCAGGAGAUUCUGGAGUCUGGCAGCAGGCAGGGCUGAGACCUGUGCAGAGUUUGGGCAGAAUUCUGGUGUCACUUUUGGAAAUAUUUUUCUGCUCAGCUCUGGGAUUUUAAUCUGGGAUCAUUUAAAUAGGGCAUUUUGCAAGAGCAGCUGGACAAUCGGAAUUUUCAGAUUUUCAAAUUUGGUUCAGAUCUUUUUUUUUUUCCAGAAUUUUGCCUGAAGAUGCUUUGAUUCCUUCACUCCCUGUUUUACUUCAUCUGUUUGUGCCAGUCUGAGGAGCCCGGAGGAGACAAGGAGGCAGGACGCAGCGAGGACCUAGGAGACACGUGAGGAGAGGAGGCAUCAGAAGGAUCCUUAUGGAGCAGUGACCGAGGACUUGGAUCGGACCCGGAUCUGGUUUUUGGAUCAUAUUUUUUUUGGAUUCUGGUUUUGAGGAUUCGUGGGAUUAAGGAGUCAUGAUGCAGUCCAAGUCUAAGCCCGGGUCUAGUCCUGGUUCUGGUUCUGGGCCGGAGAGCAGGACUCUGUGGGCUCUGGUGCUAGGAGCGUGCACGUGCCUGUCGCUGGCGUGCACAUUGGUAUGUGUGUUUGUCCUCGUGCGCUCCUCUCACGUGCACGCUCAGACGAUAGACUUGGAGACUCUGGUUCUUGGGAUCCUGGACUCCAGACUGGACUCUCUACUGGACCAGAAACUAUCCGAGCGUUUACCGAAGAUCCGAGAAACCAGAGACGCCACGUUCAGCUGCCUCUGUCCUCCAGGUCCUCCUGGACCUCCGGGGAGAACGGGUUUUCCGGGGGCGCCUGGAGAGCCCGGUCUGUCCAUCAUCGGCCCCCGAGGGCCCCCAGGCCAACCAGGAACCAGAGGAUUCCCCGGGUUCCCAGGGCCGAUCGGUUUGGACGGGAAAAUGGGUCAAACUGGAGCCAAAGGAGACAUGGGACAGCGAGGGCCCAAAGGAGCACCGGGAGAACCGGGGCCCAAGGGAGAAAAGGGUGUCUGUGGAGACUAUCCUCAUCGGGGGCUGUUUGUGAACCGUGGCGCUGUGAAGACUUUAGCCGCGCUGCGUUCGAGUUCUGCUCUGACUCUGAAGCAGGGUGAACCCGGAGCUCAGGGCCCGCCCGGCCCCCCCGGCCCCCCGGGGCCCCCAGGCACAGCCGGAGCCAGCGGCCCCCCAGGAAAACCCGGAGAACCCGGAAAACCCGGAAAGGACCUGAAGCUCCUAUCUGGACUAAAGGGCGAACCAGGCGCCCCAGGACCCAAGGGCGACCGAGGAGAGAGCGGAAUGGCUGGUCCUCAGGGAGUCAAAGGCGACCCAGGAACCAAGGGAGAGCCCGGUUUUCCUGGUGCUUCAGGCCCAAAGGGCCAGGUGGGCGUACCUGGGUCCCCGGGGAUCCCUGGUAAACGGGGAUACAGGGGAGAAAAAGGUGACUCGAGCUCUGCAGCGGUCAAAGGAGAACCAGGAGCUCCAGGGCCCAAGGGCGAUAAAGGCGACACCGGCCCCAAGGGAGAAACUGGAGCUCAGGGCCCAGCAGGACCCAGAGGCCCCGCAGGUCCGACUGGAGAACCUGGCCGAGCCGAGAUCCAGAAUGAAAAUGACAUCAGGAACAUCCCACUGACCGGACCUCCGGGACUGCCUGGACCUCCUGGACCCCCUGGACUCCCAGGGAUCAAGGGGGAGGUGGGUCUGCCCGGACCUCCAGGCAUCGACGGAGAAAAGGGACCCCGAGGUAAGCCAGGAGAGCCUGGUCCAGCAGGUCCCGCUGGUCCUGAAGGUCCCAGAGGAGAAGGAGGGAUGAUGGGAUACCCAGGACCCAAAGGAGAGAAGGGAGACACGGGACCCUCUGGAGCGCCCGGUUUAGAUGGCCCCACAGGAGAAAAGGGGGCCCCCGGAGAGCAGGGCCCCGUAGGAUUACCCGGCUCCACGGGGCUCAAAGGAGACAUGGGCGAGGGCCGAUCUGAAGUGGUAUAUGGUCCCCCGGGACCCCCAGGCCCCCCCGGCCCCGUCGGACCAGCUGGCUCAGCAGGACCCUCAGGACCCAAGGGUGAGCCGGGGAUGGGCGUACGAGGAGAGAAAGGAGCAACAGGACAAAAGGGAGACAAAGGAGACAGAGGACACCUGGGCCUGCCCGGGGCUCACGGGUUAGACGGUCGGCCCGGUCCAGUGGGUCUGAUUGGACCAGCUGGGAUCCCAGGACCCGCGGGACCAAAGGGAGAACGGGGAGAAAAAGGAGACACAGGUUUACCAGGACCAACCGGGCCUCAAGGCAUCCCCGGCAUCGUCGGACCACAAGGACUGAAAGGAAACCGGGGGUUCAGAGGAUUUAAAGGAGAGAAGGGAGAGCCGGGUCUGCCAGGCCUAGACGGGCUGGACGCCCCCUGUCCUGUGGGUGACGACGGGUUACCGGUGCCCGGCUGUUGGAAUAAAGGCCAGCACCCGUUCCAGCUGGCCCGAAAGUAGCCGUGUGUCCCCAGGAUUGGAGCCCUGUUUGCGGGAUGCCUCUGGAGGUUUGACCCCUGACCUUUGACCUGGAGGUUUGACCCUUGACCUGGAGGUUUGACCCUUGACCCGGAGGCAGUGGUUAGACAUGGGGCUGCGUGUUCUAGC